AUGGCACCAGUGAAUCAAGCAGCCUGGAUCCCCGCAAAAAAGGUCCUACCAUUUAAAGUCGGCGACGCACCCUACACCCGCCCUAGCUUGGGCCAAGUCGUAAUCAAAAACACCGCCGUGGCCAUCAACCCUUUCGACUGGGUGUUGCAGUAUAUCGGCCCAGUACUUGCCGGUUACAUCAAGUAUCCUUUCAUCUUCGGCACGGAUGUCGCCGGUGAAGUCGUUGAGGUCGGUCCCGAUGUGGAGCGUUUUCGCGUAGGCGACCGAGUCUGCGGCAGUGCUGCGGCCAUUGCAAAAGAGGUCAACCGUCCGGCUGAGGGAGCUUUUCAGCUCUAUACAGUCAUGAGACAGAACAUGUUGACGCCAAUUCCACCGACCAUCACCGAUGAACAGGCCUGUGUCUUGGGACUGGGUCUUGGAACUGCCGCAUACGGCCUCUUCCAUCCAGAUUAUCUGGGUCUCGACAUGCCUCAGAUCCCAGCUCCUACUAAAGUUGUAGGAAAAUCAGGCUUUCCAUGCACUGUGGUCAUCACUGGCGGCGCUUCGAGUGUUGGUAGCAACGCCGUACAGCUUGCUGUCGCUGCUGGAUACCAGGUCUUGUCCACGUCGUCUCCGAAGAACUUUGACUAUGUCAAGGGUCUCGGUGCUACCCAGGUGUUCGAUUACAAGAGCAAAACAUUAGUCGAGGAUCUUCUCGGCGCUCUGAAAGACCAUGAGCUCGUCGGUGCCUAUACAAUUGGGGAUGGUGCUGUCCAGACAUGCACUGCAGUUAUGAAGAAACAUGAUCCCAAGCUCACCCGGAAAUUCAUUGCUGUGGCCGGCGCCAUCAUACCUGCUGAAAAACUUACGACAUUUGUUGGUAAAGGUACGUACUUGAUGGGUAUGAUGGGCGGCAUGAUUAAAUCGACUGGGACGCGUAUCAGGACUGGGGUGGAAGCCAAAUUCAUCCUUGUCGAUGACCUGGUUGACCCUGAUGGCGUCGUCUCUCGUAUCUACACAAGUUUCCUACCGCAAGCGCUUGAACAGGGCCAGUUUGUGCCAGCUCCUCCUCCGCAUGUUGUGGGUAAGGGACUUGACAAGAUACAAGAGGCUCUCCAUCUUCAGAGGAAGGGGGUAUCGGGAAAGAAACUUGUCGUGACGCUUUAA